AUGUCAUCACACACCUCUCAAGUCGAUAAUACAAUCAAUCUUCUUCUCUUAGGUAUUUCGGAGUCAGGUAAAUCAACCCUCUUCAAACAAGUCAAAAUAUUACAUCAAAAUGGUUACACCAAAGAAGAAUUAUCUUCCUUCACCAAAACCAUUCAAGACAAUUUAAUUCUUGGAAUGGCUGCUUUGAUGGACCUUGUACAACAUUCCCUUUCUCAGAAACAAGUCAUCACCACCAGCCCUAACAACACUCCCUUCGUUCUCGAUCAGGAACAACAAGAAUUACUUCGCACUCAUACACAACACAUUCUCAGAAAAUCAAACGAUGAUGACAAGAACGGUUCUACUUCUUCUUCUCAUCUCUCCUAUGAUCCCUCUAAACUUGCUUCUCUUCGUUUCCUUUGGCAACAUCCCUAUGUCCAACAUGUGUUUCAUCAACGACACGGAAAGGUUUCCAACCAUAACAACAACAACAACCACUCUAAUAGUAGUAGUGAUCAACCAUCAGCAACCUCCUCAUGGUCGUAUCCUCUCAUUGACAAUUUGGCUUAUUUCAUGAAUCAUUGCGAACGUAUUGGUGCUGCUUCCUAUGUUCCGUCAGUGGAGGACGUGUUGCAUUGCAGAUUGAGAACCACUGGAGUUCAUGAGACUAAAUUUGAAUUUGGAGGAUUGUCCAUGCGUUUGGUCGAUGUUGGUGGACAACGUAAUCAGAGAAAGAAGUGGAUUCAUGUCUUUGACAAUGUGACAGCUUUGAUAUUUGUUGUUUCUCUCGUGGAAUAUAAUCAAGUAUUGGAAGAAGAUCCUACAACCAUUAGAAUUCGAGAAAGCAUGUUGUUGUUUGAAGAAUUGGUGAAUUGUAGUGUUUUCUAUGACAAGCCUGUCAUGUUGUUUUUGAACAAGGUCGAUCUAUUUAAUGAUCUGAUCAAGAAAGUGGACAUUUCUGAACAAUGUUUCAAGGACUAUCAUGGUAAAAAACAUUCAGCACCAGAUGCUAUUCAAUUUAUUGCAGAAAAGUUCAAAAAAUUGAGAGAAAAUAAGGAUGCCGAUGUUUUUGUUGAAGUCACCUGUGCCGUCGAUACCAAUAAUAUUAAGAAGGUGUUAGAGAAUUUGAAGACCAUUAUUCUGAAAGAGAGUCUUUCUUCAAAAUAA